GGUUCUGUGCUCCUCUAACCCCUAAAACAAAAUGAAAACCUAACCUAAUGUUACUGAUACAAAAUAUAAUAUUGUCUAAUUAUGCAAUGAGGUCAAUAAUACCACAGCAUAGGAGACGGAAAGAUUAAUUAUCGAUUAGUGGAACAUUCAGGAGAGAUUAGAUUAGAGAUAAUGAGCGAGAGUAGAAAUUUACUUUCAUUAAUUUAUCGCGGGGUGCGAAAUUCACUGUUUAGUUCAGAUCACAAAAUUAUGGAGGCUACUCGAAAAUCUAUUCAUCACUCAACAUUGCCUAAAGACGUUUCUUAUGAAGAUGUGAAGAAAGUUUCCCUUGAAAAUUGUGAAGCUUUAAUCAUAGAUGUGAGAGAACCUGAUGAAUUGAAGGAAACUGGUGUCUUACCUGGAAGUAUAAAUAUUCCUUUGGGCCAGUUAGAAAGUGUUUUGAAGGAUGUUUCGAAUGAGCAUUUCUAUGCUACCUAUGGAAAAGAAAAACCUACUCAAAAUUUUCCGAUUAUUUUUUCCUGUAGAUCAGGAAAGAGAAGUGCCUCUGCCCAAGCUAUUGCUCAACAACUGGGGUUCAAAAGAGUACACAACUAUGCUGGAGGUUGGUUGGAUUGGGAAGAAAAAUCAAAAUCAUGAAUACAGUUCUGAAUAGUUUAUUGUAAUGUAUACAUGUAUUGUAUAUGGUUAUAGUUAUUGGUGAAAAUUUAAUAAAUGAAUUGACGAUUUCCA